CAGAGACAGAAGUGACAGAGGCGGUAGAUAUGGGCCUCCACCGGGACGGCGCGACUACGAGUAUGAGCGUGACAGUCGCGAUAGAUCCAGAGGUCGCGGAGGAUUUGGACGUUCUCCAGACCGUGGAAGAGGCGGAGGUCCAUACCGUCCACGCUCACCUUCGCCAUGUGGCUACGAUCGGGAUAGAAGACGGUCACCUCCGCCAUUUCGCGGUGGGUACAGUGGAGGCCCUCCAAGCCCACGCGACAGAAGGGAUACGAGACCAGACUUGAGGCCGCCUUAUGGUGGUUAUGCUGAUCAAAGACCAAUGAACCGCUUAGCGGACGAUGUCCGUGGACCUGAACGACAAGCGUCUAGACCUUCACCCCCUCCUCCCUCUAAUACUUCUAACGCCGGACAAAGAUCCGGUGUGAUACCCAGCCCGGCUCGAGCUCCCUUGCCACCCUCCCGCAAUGUGGACGGCGCUCCUACUCGACUGUCUUCGCAAGUGUUCCGUCAAGCACCACCAUAUAACCCUGGUGGCCCACGAGACUCUCCAGUUGGCCCACCACGAGGACCCCGCAAUCCCAGUUUUGGCAGCGGUCCAUCACCUGGACCUCGCGGUGGAUUUAGAGGGGGCGCACCUUACAGGGGAGGGUUCAGACAGGGUCCUCCACCAUCAUUCAUGAAUCAGAGGUCUAGCAUGUCGGUAGCGUCGCCAGCAACACCAUCGUGGAGUUCACCGGCAGGGAUACGAAGACAAAGUACGUUUGGGGCGUCACAUAAUGGCCCUGCCGAUAGUCCAGCGGUGCAAGGAGGUGAGGGUGAAAAGGUGGAAACAUGGGCGCCAGUGGUCGAGGAAUCUGUGCGUCCAGUAAUAACGAGGAUCGGGCGUGUCGGAUACGAGUCUAUCAGGCCUCAACUUGACGAGGAGGUUGUCCGAUUGCGUCGUGAGUAUGAAGAACUGGAUCGGAAAGAUUUGGAGAAACAAAAGCGUAAGCGAGCAGCGAUAUCGGAUUACAACAAGGCGGAGCGGGAUUCCACCGCAAUCGCAUAUAGAGUAGAAUUGGCCGAGCAACAACUGGAUGGCAUGCUCACAGGAACGAUACUCUUUGAUUAAGGAAUAUGGCAUUGCUGUAGUGGAUGCUGGAUAUCUGCUCUUCAUCACUAUCAAUCAUACAGGUGUUCUUCUCCUCCGUCAACUCAACGGCUCUUUCUAGU